ACAAGGAGCUGCAUAGGCUACCUGGUAUAUUUACACGUGAUGGACCGCAUGUUGAACUACCGAAAGUGUUCAGAAUAAUUUUGUUUUUGGGAGUUUGUGACUAAGGAUAAUUUGUAUAAUGAUUUAUAAUAACCGAUAUAAACUUGACCAACAUGUCUUGUCUCCUGAUACUACCUCAGGAAAUAAGACACCCACAUUGCGCACCACUGGCUCAGGGAGGAAGAGUUCACCAUUUGAUGAAGAUUGCCAAAUCAAAAUCUGGAAAAUGGAUAACAAGAAUUUAGAAAUUGACUUCAUUGGUUUUCACUUUUCACUAAUUAAUGCUUACAGAAGAAUUGUUUUAGCGGAGGUGGCUACGGUAGCGAUAGAAAAGGUGUUUAUGUACCAAAAUACAAGUGUUGUACAAGACGAGGUGCUGGCACAUAGAAUUGGUCUUAUUCCACUUAAGGUCCCUCCACAUCUCUUCAAUUUUAAACCAACAGACUGUGAUCAAGUUUCGGAAGACAACUGCGUAAAGUACAAACUUCGGGUCAAAUGUCGGGGCAAGAAUGAUCCUCAACAUCAAUCUACUCUGAAGGAGGAAGAUGGGGUCACAACUUUAGUGGAUAAACUUGUGACCACAGACCACUUGGAAUGGGAACCAAUCGGGAACCAGGCCACCGUGUUCGCUGACAACCCCCUCACCCCCCUGCAGGAGGACGUCCCCCUGCCCCCCGAAGUGAAAGGCGUCAACACAAGCCUCGUCUUGGCUAAGCUCAAGCCGGGACAGCGGCUGCAACUCGAGGCUUAUGCAUUCAAAGGCAAGUGCGUCAUCAAGGUCGCUGCUAACAAACAAGGUGAACUGGAGGCCAGUGUGGGGGACGCCCGAUACGACUCCUGCUCCCGCAACGUCUACAACUACGACAACAUCAAGGACGCUGUCGAGCUCUCUAGGAACGCCAAGCACAUCAUAUUCAACGUGGAGUCGCAGAGCGUGAUGAAGAGCUACGAGAUCUUGGAUGCCGCCGUCGACGUGCUCAUCGAAAAGUGUGAUACGCUUCUUGCACAACUCAAUGCCGUCGAGGACAGCUAAAUCUUCAUUUCGUCGAACCUAUUAAAUGUAGUUUUACUUACUA